UCGGACAUAUACGUGUCAGCUCGAAGUCGGAUCAUAGAGUGCGACACCGUGCCGCGCACCGUGUGUCGCGUGUUGCCACAUCACCACCAAAUCCAAACGAAUUUCAGAGCGUGUUUUGCGAUUGUGUAGAUCGCGCUCGUGCCGCCGAUUACAAUUCCGAUCUGCGUGUACGCGCGAGCUGUGCGAACGAAAGAAAGCGCAAAGGUGCCUUUUGCUUCUCUCUACCUUUGUUACUACGGCCAACAUGUCAACGUACUCCUGAGUUCAUUUUGCGUAACUUUUUGAUAAACACACCACGUGGAACCACGUCGUAUACUUGGACACACAGGCACCGCACCACCACCAUCACCUCUCUCGACUCUCUCGAUAGAGGAGCACGUGCCGAUCGCUCGAAACAUCAGUCUCGCGGAACUUCCGUAGUUUCUUUGAUUCCGUCGCGCACAAGAUGAGUGCACAGCAGGUGAAACUCAAAUAUGGAGUGGUAAAGCAGAUAAUAUCCGGAGAUACUGUUGUUAUUCGUAGACAGCCCAUAAGUGGUCCUCCGCCCGAGGCAACAAUUACUUUGUGCAACAUUACUGCUCCCAAGCUAGAACGCUGGAAAGGAAAUGACACCACUGACGGAAGUAAAGACGAACCUUACGCUUGGGAAGCAAGAGAAUUUUUACGCAGGAAAUUGAUUGGACAGGAUGUCACCUUUGUCUUUGAAAAAUCAGCUAACACAAGCAGAUUGUACGGGACAGUUUGGUUGGGAAAAGACAGGAAUGGGGAAAAUGUAAUUGAAACUUUGGUGUCCGAGGGUCUUGUGACCGUCAAAAAAGACAACCGCAAUCCUUCGGCUGAGCAGCAACGACUGAUCGAACUGGAAAACAUCGCAAAAGUCGCGAAAAAAGGAAAGUGGUCGGAGUCAGCUGGUUCACACGUGCGCGACGUUAAAUGGACCGUCGACGAUCCGCAAAAGUUGUUAGAAAAGUUCGGCAAGAAGCCGAUCAAAGCAAUCAUCGAAUUCGUUUUAGACGGAUCCACCGUCAAGGCUUUACUUCUGCCUGAUUUCUAUAACAUAAUGCUGAUGAUUUCGGGCAUUCGCUGUCCUGGAUGGCCAAACGGACGCCGCGAUAAUUCUGUUAGCGAACCAUACGCGGACGAAGCCAGAUACUUUGUUGAAUCGCGACUUUUGCACAGAGACGUUGAAGUAGUGCUCGAAUCGGUAAACAAAAAUAACUCAUUUACCGGCAGCAUUAUUCAUCCUAAAGGAAACAUUGCCGAGAUCUUGUUGAGCGAAGGUUUUGCAAAAUGUCAGGAGUGGUCGAUCAGCAGCAGCAGAGCCGGGGCGAAGGAAAAGUUGCGUCUCGCUGAGACGGCCGCGAAAGAGGCGCGUUUGCGGUUGUGGAAAGAUUACAAACCGUCCGAACCGCAGAUCGAGUUCACCGGGACCGUCGUGGAGAUCGUGAACGCGGACGCGCUUAUUAUACGAACGCAAAACGGAGAUAACAAGAAAGUAUUUCUGAGCAGUAUUCGACCGCCCACACGAGAGAAGAAGAACGACGAGAGCAACAACGCCACGCGAGCGAAAGAUUUCAGACCGCUCUACGACAUACCGUGGAUGCUGGAAGCGCGAGAGUUUCUGCGCGAGAAGUUCAUCAGAAAGAACGUCAAAGUGGUGGUCGAUUACACGCAGCCGGCGAGGGACAACUUCCCGGAGAAAUUAUGCUGCACCGUAACUUACGGCAAAACGAACAUCGCGGAAGCACUGGUCGGACGAGGUCUCGCACGAGUAAUCAAGUACAGGCAGAACGACGAUCAACGUUCAUCUCACUAUAAUCUUCUGCAGGUCGCGGAGAGCAAGGCGGAAAAAUCGCAGCACGGUCUGCACGCGAAGAAAGACAUUCCUGUUCACAGAAUAGUCGAUCUCUCGAACGAUCCUUCGAAGGCGAAGGCGUUCCUGACGUCGCUCAAGCGGGCGCAAGGGAUCAGAGCGGUCGUCGAGUUCGUAACGAGCGGUUCGCGUCUGAAGCUCUAUCUUCCCAAGGAGGAUUACGUGAUCACGUUCGUGCUGGCUGGAAUAAGAACGCCGCGAUGCCAGAGAACCCUGCCCGGCGGCGGAGUGGUAAAAGCUGACGAGUACGGCGAGAAAGCCUUGGCUUUCACCAAAGAGCAUUGCUUCCAGCGGGACGUGGAGAUAAAGAUCGAGAACACGGAAACGAAACUGAGCGGCUUCAUUGGCUGGUUAACGGUGAACGAUGUCAACAUGUCCGUCGCUUUGGUCGAGGAAGGUCUCGCGGAAGUCGUGAAUUUCCCGGAUUCCGGAGAACUUACGCGAACUCUCAAAGCCGCGGAGGAACGCGCGAAGGCGAAAAAGCUCAAUAUCUGGAAGAACCUCGUGGAAACGCCGGUGGAGACUGACAAGAUCGUGGACGAGAAGGAGGUGCAAGAGCGCAAGAUCGACUAUCAAAAGGUUGUGAUCUCCGAAGUUACCGACGAUCUUCACUUCUACGCCCAGUUUGUCGAUCAGGGCAGCCUUCUGGAGAACAUGCUUCUGCAGUUGCGCCAGGAAUUGGCCACCAAUCCGCCGCUCCCCGGUGCCUACAAGCCGACCAGGGGUGAUCUGGCGGUCGCGAAGUUCAGCGGCGACGAUCAGUGGUAUCGCGUGAAGACGGAAAAAGUCUCGGGCACCAACGUCAGUGUGUUCUACAUCGAUUACGGCAACAGGGAAACUCUUAAUGUUACGCGAGUCGCCGAUUUGCCCGCGCGCUUCGCGACCGAUAAGCCGUUCGCUCACGAGUACACGCUCGCGUGUGUGACUCUGCCAAGCGACACCGACGACAAGAAAUGGGCAGUGGAUGCGUUUAAGGAAGAUGUGCUUGACAAAAUCCUGCUCCUGAACGUGGAAUACAAGAUGAGCAAUAACGUGACUGCGGUGACACUUGUUCAGCCAAACACGAACGAAGAUAUCGGAAAGGGACUCAUCUCUGACGGAUUGUUGCAUGUUCAGAAGCAUCGAGAUAGAAGACUUGCUAAAUUGAUCGAGGAGUACAAGAAGGCCGAAGAGGAUGCGAAACAUAACCAUCGCAAUAUCUGGAGGUACGGAGACGUGAGACCGGAGGACGACGACAGAGACUUCGGAUUGUAAUUAAUACAAAUGCUCAAAUGUGGGGGGAGGGGGGGAUAAUUAUUAUCGACAUGGGAAAGGAAAAAAAGACACAGAUCAUGUUUAAAAAAAAAACAAAAACAAAAAAAAACAAACAAACAAACACCACUUUAAGUAUACAUUACGUCACAUAGAUAUAAAAAAAAAAAAAAAAAAGAAAAAAAAAGAACGUCCCCGAUUACGCAAGCUGCAUGUCGCGUUAGUCGCAUACAAGGCAAUGAUAUAUAUUUCAAUAUAUGAGGAAAAAAAGAAUUGUACAUAACGAUUUUAAUAAUUCCUAAUAAUACAAUGAACAAAGUACAUAGAUAAGUGGUCCGGGAGGGUAAUCCUUGUUCUGUAACUCGUGGCGACAGAUUUCGUUUUAUAUCGCGCGCAGCUAUUUUGUGAUACAUUUUUGCUGCGCGUUGUGAAACGCGCUAUCCGCAUCGCUGCCGAGCUUAUUCGUUCCGUCUUUAUCGCUGAUCGCAGACGACAAAAAAACAACAAAAAAAAGAUCGAACGAUGCAAUAGAGCGUUUCCUGAUGGCGCGCUUCUCAAAACGCAGUUUUCGUCUGCGCGAAAAUUCGCAACGCGUGCAUUUAUGCCUCUGUAACACGUAAAUGUUAAAAAGUUACAGAAUAAGUCCGCUGAGAAACGUGAAGACUCUACGCAGGCACGUUUGCAUCACAUUCUUGUAUUGUAACGCGAACGCAUUCGUUAUCAACGAUCGUGCCACAAAUACACAAAUAUUGUUGUUGAGCGUACCGACCGAUCAUCUUCGAUCAUCUUUAUAUAAAAUCUUUAAUGUGCAAUUCAAUACGUUUAAAUACGUUCGAUCAUGUUACAUAUUAUUAUUUGCUUCUUAUGUGGAUGAAUCAAUCAUUUAACACAAUACGUACGUGCUGUCCUUCGCAAGUUUUUAUACGCCAGAACGAUCGCAUAGCUAGUUGUUAGAAUUUAUAAUCGCAAAUCUUAAGCGGACAUUGAUCAAUGUUGAAAAAAAAAAAAAAAAAAAAACUUUCAUAUCAAGGGAAGA